CUCCCAAGCCAGCUGGUUAUUGAAUAUAACAAUAAUUUCAAGACCCUUGUGGCUCAACUCAAUCAAAAUCUAGAUGGGGCAACCAUCAUUCAACUUAAUACUUUCAAUUAUGUUAUGGACAUGUUUGAAAAGGCUAAAGCCUAUGGGUUUAAGGAUUUUACGACAGCAUGCUGUGGAUCAGGAAUGUUUCAUGCACAAGUGAGCUGUGGAAUGACUAAGCCACAGCCUGUGUUUUGCAACGAUAUAAACACACAUUUGUACUGGGAUGGAACUCAUCUCACUGAAAAAGUUUAUUCCAUGUUUUCACGCCAGAUUUGGUCAGGGAAUUCUUCUUACAUAUACCCAUUUAAUCUUUCUACCCUAGUCUUCGGUAAGAACAGCUCUGGUCAUUGACUAUGAAAAUAUUAUGUUUCCUGAAGUCUGUUCCCUGUUUUGUAUUUUGAAGUAGUAUAAUAUAAGAUACAGUUUGUGCUUCUCAACACAAUCAAUUUUCUUUUUUUUAAUAUAUC